GCGCGGGGGCGGGGCCUCGCUGCGCGCCGGCGGCGGCUGGAGCGGCGGCCGCGGUGGCAGGACGCGGGCGCCCGCUGCAGCUGAGCCCAUGGUGCCGGGCCACGGCCAGGCCGCAGGAGGAGCCGGAGGCCCGGGCCGCCCCGGCUGACCGUGCGCGCCCGCGGGGCCGGAGCCGCCGCCUCCGCCGGGCCCCUCCGGGCCCCCCCGGGCGCGGGCCGCCCGCCAUGGGGUCCCUGUUCCGGAGCGAGCCCAUGUGCCUGGCGCAGCUCUUUCUGCAGUCCGGCACGGCCUACGAGUGCCUCAGCGCGCUGGGCGAGAAGGGCCUGGUCCAGUUCCGAGACCUCAACCAGAAUGUAAGUUCUUUUCAAAGAAAAUUUGUUGGUGAGGUGAAGAGGUGCGAAGAACUAGAACGAAUAUUGGUGUAUCUGGUGCAGGAAAUUACUAGAGCUAAUAUUCCCCUGCCUGAGGGAGAGGCCAGUCCUCCUGCGCCCCCUCCAAAACAGGUUCUAGAAAUGCAGGAGCAGCUGCAGAAGCUCGAGGUCGAACUGAGAGAAGUCACCAAGAACAAGGAGAAACUGAGGAAGAACCUGCUUGAACUGAUCGAGUACACACACAUGCUGCGGGUGACGAGGACCUUCGUUAAACGAAACGUCGAGUUUGAGCCCACCUAUGAAGAAUUCCCGUCCCUGGAGAAUGACUCUUUACUGGACUACAGCAGUAUGCAGAGGCUGGGGGCAAAGCUGGGGUUUGUGUCUGGCCUGAUUCACCAAGGAAAAGUGGACGCGUUUGAAAAAAUGCUGUGGAGGGUCUGCAAAGGGUACACCAUCGUGACCUAUGCAGAGCUGGACGAGUCCCUGGAGGACCCCGAAACAGGAGAAGUCAUAAAAUGGUACGUGUUCUUGAUAUCCUUUUGGGGAGAGCAGAUUGGCCACAAGGUCAAGAAGAUAUGUGACUGUUACCACUGCCACAUCUACCCCUAUCCAAACACUGCUGAGGAGCGAAAAGAGAUCCAGGAGGGGCUGAAUACUCGGAUCCAGGAUCUCUACACUGUGCUUCACAAAACUGAGGAUUAUUUACGGCAAGUGCUGUGUAAAGCCGCGGAGUCGGUGUACAGCCGCGUCAUCCAGGUGAAGAAGAUGAAAGCCAUUUACCACAUGCUGAACAUGUGCAGCUUUGACGUGACCAACAAGUGCCUCAUCGCCGAGGUCUGGUGUCCUGAGGCGGAGCUGCGUGACCUGCGCCGGGCGCUGGAGGAGGGCUCGAGAGAGAGCGGUGCUACCAUCCCCUCAUUUAUGAACACGAUCCCCACAAAAGAAACACCCCCAACCCUAAUCCGGACCAACAGAUUCACUGAGGGAUUUCAGAAUAUUGUGGACGCUUACGGUGUCGGGAGCUACAGAGAAGUGAAUCCAGCUCUCUUCACCAUCAUCACGUUCCCGUUCCUGUUUGCCGUGAUGUUCGGCGACCUGGGCCAUGGCUUCGUGAUGUUCUUAUUUGCCCUCUUGUUGGUGGUGAAUGAGAAUCGUCCCGGACUGAACCAGUCGCAGGAGAUCCUGAGGAUGUUUUUCAACGGCCGCUACAUCCUGCUGCUCAUGGGGCUGUUCUCGGUGUACACUGGCCUCGUCUACAACGACUGCUUCUCCAAGUCGGUCAACAUCUUCGGCUCUCGGUGGAACGUGUCUGCCAUGUACAGCUCCAGCCACGCUGCUCAGGAGCGCGACAAGAUGGUGCUCUGGAAUGACAGCGUCGUGAGGCACAGCAGGGUUCUGCAGCUGGACCCGGCCGUUCCUGGAGUGUUCCGAGGCCCUUACCCCUUUGGGAUUGACCCAAUUUGGAACUUGGCAACAAAUCGCCUCACUUUCCUAAAUUCUUUCAAAAUGAAAAUGUCUGUGAUUUUAGGAAUCAUUCACAUGACUUUUGGUGUCACUCUGGGAAUAUUUAACCACUUGCACUUCAGGAAGAAGUUCAAUAUUCUCCUGGUUUCCAUCCCCGAGCUCCUGUUCAUGCUCUGCAUCUUUGGAUACCUCAUCUUCAUGAUUGUCUAUAAGUGGCUCGUGUUUUCGGCAGAAACUUCCAGGGAGGCUCCCAGCAUCCUGAUCGAAUUCAUCAACAUGUUCAUAUUCCCAGCGAGCGGGACGAGUGGCCUCUACCCAGGGCAGGAGCACGUGCAGAAAGUGCUGCUGGUUGUCACAGCGUUGUCUGUUCCCGUCCUCUUCUUGGGAAAGCCACUGUUUUUGCUGUGGCUGCACAAUGGGCGCAGCUGCUUUGGCGUGAGCCGGAGUGGUUAUACCCUCGUACGGAAAGAUAGCGAGGAAGAAGUCUCUCUGCUGGGAAACCAGGAUAUAGAAGAGGGAAGUAACCAAAUGGAAGAUGGAUGCCGAGAAAUGACGUGUGAAGAGUUUAAUUUUGGAGAAAUACUGAUGACGCAGGUGAUCCACUCCAUCGAGUACUGCCUGGGCUGCAUCUCCAACACUGCGUCCUACCUGCGGCUGUGGGCGCUCAGCUUGGCUCACGCACAGCUCUCCGACGUGCUGUGGGCCAUGCUGAUGCGUGUGGGCCUGCGGGUGGACACCACCCUCGGAGUCCUGCUGCUGCUCCCGGUGAUCGCGCUCUUCGCGGUUCUGACGAUUUUCAUCCUCUUGAUCAUGGAAGGGCUUUCUGCGUUUCUUCAUGCCAUACGCCUCCACUGGGUAGAAUUUCAGAACAAAUUCUACGUUGGUGCAGGCACCAAAUUUGUUCCUUUCUCAUUCAGUCUACUCUCAUCGAAGUUCAGUGACGGUGACAACGUGGCAUGAUCAUAUUGCUGUAACCAAGGAGCUUUCAGAUUUAUGGAGAAUAUCAUGUUAUAGAAUUUCACAUAUGUCAGAUUUAUGAUAGGAAAAAUUCUGUCUUCAUUGAUUGCCUUAUGAUAUAGCCAAAUAAUUCUGUAAGAUAUACCUCUUCCUCAUGUUAAAUAUUUGUAAAGUUUAUCAGUUUCAGACAUAUAAGUUUCUUUUGGUUUUUAUUAUAAGCAAGUGUCAGUUCAUGCCAAAUGUCAUGUUAAAGUUAUUUUUUAAAAUACAGAAUUGGGGGAGAGAAGCCAAUUUUGAGUGGCUUAUUGAAAAUGGUUUUAGAUACUUGAUUCCUUUUAAACCUUAUUAAAAAAUACAGAGUUAUUCAGUCACCUGAAUUUGUCAGAUAAUAUUUUACAAUAGCUGAAGUUAAAGCAUAGUUUUUUAAACAGUUUAAUGAUGGAUAAUCAGAAGAUUUACCUAUUCUGCUUGAUCAAAAAUAUGCAAGCAUUUUAUAUUGUAUGUUAUCUAGAAUUAACAGUAGAGGAUUGUUUCUACAGUUUCAUCUUGUUUUAAUAAUUGGGGGAAAUGGUAUAAAAUAACACACAACAAAUGGUUAUCCCAUUUGUAUAUUUUUUGAAGACUAGUUACCCAUCCUUACAGGAAACCAGUUAUAGUUAUGGUAAUUGUAUGUUUGGAAAGAUAAACUAAAUACUGAGCCUUAAAACCCACUGUGGCUGUGGAGGACAGUAUGUGGAUGCAGUUUGAACUCAGCGACCAGCCUGGCUGACGUUACUGAACCAGAAGAGUUUAUAACCGAGUAAGAAUUAAAAGUAGUAUUUGUAUAUUUUUAUAGAAAAAUAUAAAUUAAGAUAUUUUACCAUGAAGAGAUUGCACUUAUCCUUAAUAAUAGCAUAAAUUUUUACUUUCAGACUAAUUCUAAACAAAGUUCUGAUAAGGAUAGAGUUAAACUUUCAAACACUAUUUAGAUCAGUUGUAAACUGAUUAUUAAGCCAUUGAUUUUUAUAGUUUUGAAUUUAAAUUCAUCUAUUAACUUGACAUUUAGUUUUGCAUGAGUUCAAGUCAUUCCUGUUGAACAUUUUGGUCUAUUCUGUGUUGUUGUAAAUUAUGCUGAUUUUCAUAUUUUACCUCAAUUGAUUUCAGAUAAUUAUUUGGAAAAAGAAAUCUGACAUAUUUUCACAUUCUCAAAACUGAGUGACACUUCAAAAGGCCGUUUGCCCUGUGUUCCUCUAGCCUGCUCAGGGUGGAGGGCAGGGCCCUUUCAUGACAAGCCAGGAUAGAGGAGCCCUGUAAUUAAGCAAUCUUUCAGUUAAUUUCAUGGCCUGUUUGCUGAGAGUCAUGAACUAAACAUCAUGUGACAUGAUCACGACUCUAAAUUUAAACCUUUAAAAAUUACAGUAAAGACUCUGUGGCUGCUUUGUAAGUGUCACCCAGAGCCAGCUUUUCCUCCAUAUGUGAUUAUCAAAUAGAAAACAUUGCUAAUGAGACUCCUGGAAUGACCUGCUCUGAAAGUUGUUUCCUAGAAAGUAUAAUGCCGGGCACUUGUGGGGGAAACUGGAACCCAGGCCACGCUGCUCAGUGGCUUCUCCCUUGCAGCUGGUGUUCCUGCAGGUUGUCCUCCAACCAUUUGUCACUGUCCCCCAAGGAUCUGUGGUAACCAAUUCAUCCUAAGACUUCAGGGCGCUGGCAGCCGGGGACACAGUACCUGCUGGAAUUUUUACUACACCAGCUAGUAACUGUCACGGGGCCGCUUUUUAAUUCUAAUGAACUCCUCCUUUCGAGGUAUGGAAUGAAGAGAGUCACUUUUCAACUGAAGUCUAUGUAGUACUUUUUAUGUAGAAUGUAAUUAUAUAAAAAACAAAUUAAUAACCUAACUUUUGUGAAAGAACUCUUUGGAAAUAGUUAACAAUGGUGAAAUUUAGACCCCGGGAGAAAUUUCAUUUCUUUGUAAGUUGCUUGGUCUCCAUGUCAUGUUACCAGAAUGGCCGCUGUUGUUCUGUUUAAAGAAGCUGUGCAAGAAGUGCAAGUGUAUUUUAAGGGAUAUUGUAUUCCCUUGAUGGCAGUUAUCCAGAGGAAAAACGGUUAGUUGUCUGAGGAUGUUAAACAUGUUUAUCUUUCUGAAGAAAAAUGUCACAACAGCCACAUUGUCCGUUUCCAUUCAGAUGUUUACUGCAGUGUGUUGACAGAGUCCUAAAAUAAAGACCCAAGGGACUUCUUUAGUAAAACAGAAUAUGACUUCACCCUGGAAUAGUGGGAUGUGCUCAUGGUCAGCUAGAGGGGUGAAGGGGGUUGAACACCUCAGACUCUCCAUCUCCCAGAGGACUUUGAAAAGACUCUCCUGCUGAAUCUGCUGUCCUCAUUUCUGGAAUGAGCAUUUUUUUCCCCCAGACAAGUUCUAAGUUGUUCAAGUUGGCCUCAAACUUGUGAUCUCUUGUCUCAAUCUCCCAUCCCAGCCACGUGGAUUAUCUGCGCUGGACUUGGAGUGGGUAUUGUACAAGAUUUUGGUCUCAGUGGUCAAUCUGCAAUAGUUUAAUAAGCUGUAUAGCAUAGGUAAUUAUGAUGUUGAUCAGUUACAUAUUCAGACCUUUUAGAAUUUGACCCAUCUUGGGAAACAAAACCAAAAAUAACUCCAGCAGCAGUUCUGCAGUCGCAUUUAAAAACAACAAAUUCCUGUUUUAAAGUUAUAAAGCCACGUUUGCUUGUGUGCCACGUGGUGUCUCUCCAGGAAGGAUAUUAAGAAAUCUUAAGGUGCUGGGAAUAAGGCAGUUUGGAGUAGUCGGUUUCCUACUCAGACUACUGAUGCUGAGCUUUGGUUUAGAAUUUUAAGAAAUCCUUACAACAUGCCACCUGUUCCCUGAUGGAAAAAUCAAGAAGGCUAGGUUCCCGGGGUCAGCCCUAUGAUGUAGGGGCUCAGCUCCCUGCCAGGGGAAAUGACGAUGAAUAAGUUAGUAUUUUGCUCCUCAAAUGCACGAAAGGACAAAUCUGCAUCCUCGUUACCAGUAUUGAACUUCCUUUUGCUAAUGACAAAUAAAUACAUAUAUAUUUUUAAGA